AUCGCAAACGUGAAUGUUGGAGUUGCCCACAGUGAGGUGAAUCCAAAUACCCGUGUAACGAACACCCGGGGUAUGUGGACGGCAUAUGCUUUGGGAGUUGGCUUGCUUCGUAUCGUUUUACUCAGUAUUCCUGUUGCCUGGACCUUAACAAAUGUUAUACCUAAUCUGGGGAUGUAUGUAUUUUUGCAUGCAGUAAAAGGAACGCCAUUUGAAACUCCUGACCAGGGUAAAGCGAGGCUCCUAACACACUGGGAACAACUGGACUAUGGAGUACAGUUUACAUCUUCAUGGAAGUUUUUCACAAUGUCUCCAAUAAUUCUAUAUUUUCUGGCAAGUUUCUAUACGAAGUAUGAUCCAACUCACUUCAUCUUAAACACAGCUGCUCUCCUGAGUGUGCUAGUUCCCAAAAUGCCGCAGCUACAUGGUGUUCGGAUCUUUGGAAUGAAUAAGUAUUGAAAUGUGUUUUGAAACAACAAAAAUGUUUACAGCUACUGAGUUUUUUGUAAGGAAGGGAUGGGUACUAAACUGCACCGUUUCUGUGAUAAUGUGAAAUGAGAGGUAGCUACAUUGGAGAGCCAAUUGCUGGUUCUUCAUAUGCUGUUUUGAAGUGCAGAUUCUUAUGAGAAGAUGCCUUUGUUUAACGCAUCUGGUAUCCUUCUGUAGAGAGGCUUCAGAGGCAGGCUGGGCAGGCCCAGCUUAUAAGUUAAAUGGCUAUAAAGUAAAGGUGUAGUAGAUAAAUCCAAGGAAAUAAGAGAUUUAUAAGAAACUAAGUCCAGCUAAGCUUAUAAUGAAUGGGCAUUAUGU